UCCGAUGGUGGCGGCGUGGCUAACGUGUCUUGCAGCUUCUGGCUCAGCUCUUCUCGCAUCCCCGCUACUACGCGGUGCUGUCGUGCAGACACGCCACUCUCGCAGCGUGAAAAUGCAGUCCGACCCGUUCGCGACACGGGACGCCGGCACAGGCUUUGACGACGAGGGCGGAAUGGUCAGGGGCAUUGCAGAGGGCGGCUUGACGCUCGAGCAGGUGACGGCGGCAGCGGGCCAGGCGGGACCGUCGCUUCCGGUGGAGAAGGCGGCCAAGCUCGUGCUCAAGGACCCCGAGUGGAACCUCGACAAGAUGGAAAUGUCAGCUACCGACAAGGACUUCGAGAUUGCGUGCAACUCAAUGGACGACGCUGAGAUCGUUAUAGAUGUCCCCCCGAUGAUGAACACGUUCGAGGACUACUUCUUCGGCCUCACCGCCGACUCGCACUCAUCCUUCUCAAUCUCGACCGACGAGUCGUCGCCGCUCGAGGGCCGCAUGCAACGCCGAGGCGGCGAGCCGACGGUCGUCAAGAUCAAGUGCGAGCCAAACGGCGCCUCUGGCACGUUUGAUGCUCACCUGUGCUUCAUCCUCGAGAACGAGCCCGGCUUCUCAAAGUUCUACAAGAUAUCCUGCACCUCCAGCUGAGUCCUGAGAGAGGCUUUUUUGCUUUACGAGGGCGCCCGGCCCUCGGCGCUCCUCUCGCGCGGCACGCGCGUGCACCGACUGACUCUCACUCACCUGUCGCCAGUCACGGCGCGCUCUCAUGGCCGCGCAGCUUUCUG